AUGCGCCAGAAGCAGCGAGACAGCCCGAGCCGAAGCGCGGCGGGGCUCACGGAGGGAGGCCGAGCGGGGCCGGGCUCCUGGGAGCGCGACGGAAGGUGCGGGCGGCCCUGCGGGUGCUGGGGCGAGAUGGGGGCGGAAGCCCGGUGGGAGCAGGGCGGGGGAGGGGGACAGUACCGCUCCGCCGGCUCCCGGGCGCGCGCGGGCGAAGCGGCGGCGGCCCCUCGUGGUCGGUCGGCCCCCCGGCGGGUCAUUUGCAUGCUGUCACGGCCCCGCGCUGACUCCCGGGCGCGCGGCUCGCUCGCUCGCUCGCUCACUCGCGCUCUGCUUCUGCCACCGCUCCGCCGGCGCAGCCCCGGAGAGCCCGAGAGCCGGCGAGUCCCCAAGCUGGCGAGGGAGGGAGGGAACCCGGGAGGGAGGGAGCGAGGGCGCGCCCCGGCUCUCUGUCGGCCCCGCCGCCCGCCCUUCCUGCUGCCCCAGGUCCACCCCCGGCCCCAGCUCUGA